AUGGAUGACAUACACGAAAAUCAACCGGGUGAGGUUCUGUCCUAUCAAUAUGAACCUGAAGUGAAGGCCGAAACUAGUGAAGAAAGCGGUUCCGAACAGGAGAGCAAUCGAGUGUUUUGUUGCCACGAAAAAGCGCUUGAAUACGAUGAGUAUGAGGCUUUGCUAGGCCAAACAGAAACUCAAGGAGCAUCAACGGCUGAUGACAUCCCAAGCCAAAACAGUUCUAAUUCUAGUUCUAUUACAGUCCAGCCUGUCCAGAUAGUAACGACUGAAAAUAUUGAAGAUUUACAUUCCUACAGCAAUGUCAACAAACAUCACGCUGGAAGUGUUCAACAAGUUAAGCAACGUGGAAGGAAUCGAGUAAGGUCCAGUACGUCAAGUUCUUCAUAUCCACUUGUCGACACUAGUCCAAUUUCAAGUCCCGAAGCCGAAGUACCUUGCGUUUCACCAGUGAACACAGAAGAGUAUAUCAAUGAUGAGGAUUUGAUAGCUCUGGAUACUAAGGAACUGAACAGGCGAGUGCGACAUCUGCAGCCGCGGAUUGUCCAGCAGAUUAAGCAUCGUAGGCGGACUUUGAAGAAUCGAGAAUAUGCCAAGUCUUUUCGACAAAAGAAGAUCGACGAAGCCAGCAGUUUACAGCGAAGCAACGGUGAUUUGGAAAAGGAGCUCGGUAGUUUACAAAUUGAGCUAGAACUUGCCUUGUUUCAACGCGAUAAUUGGAAAAUAAAUUUAUGA